ACGCUCUGGUUCGUGGUCGGCAUUUAAUUGCAGUGUUUCCGUUUUGUGAUAUUUGUCCGGUAUUGUAAAACAAACAUACAUUUAGCGUAAAACCAACAGGACACGUUUCUUGUGCUGCAUUAGAAAGUCACGGCACACGAUGGAACACUUUCAGAAGAUUGAAAAGAUUGGCGAAGGUACGUACGGGGUGGUGUACAAGGGACGCAAUAAGGUCACCGGUGAGAUCGUGGCCAUGAAGAAGAUCCGGCUGGAAACGGAAGACGAGGGUAUACCAUCGACGGCGAUCAGAGAGAUCUCGUUGCUGAAAGAGCUGAAACACCGGAACGUGGUAUCGCUGUUGGAUGUGCUGAUGGAGGAGAACCGUCUGUAUUUGAUCUUCGAGUUUCUGUCGAUGGAUCUGAAGAAGUACAUGGACAGUCUGCCGCCGGAGAAGAUGAUCGAUUCGGAUCUGGUGAAGAGCUACAUGUAUCAGAUAACGGCUGCGAUGCUGUUCUGCCACAGACGGCGCGUUCUGCACCGCGAUCUGAAACCACAGAACUUGCUCAUUAACAAGGAGGGCGUGAUAAAGGUGGCCGACUUUGGGCUGGGCCGUUCGUUCGGUAUUCCGGUGCGCAACUACACACACGAGAUCGUGACGCUCUGGUACCGGGCACCGGAAGUGUUGCUCGGUUCGCCGCGCUACUCCUGCCCGGUAGAUAUAUGGUCGAUCGGUUGCAUUUUCGCGGAGAUGGCUACCCGUAAGCCACUGUUCCAGGGUGAUUCGGAGAUCGAUCAGCUGUUCCGCAUGUUCCGUAUACUGCGCACACCGACGGAGGAAAUUUGGCCCGGUGUGACCUCGCUGCCGGACUACAAGUCAACGUUCCCGUGCUGGACGCAGAACAAUCUCGCUAGUCAGGUGUCGAACCUGGAUUCGGCCGGUAUCGAUCUGCUGCAGAAGUGCCUUAUCUACGAUCCGAUACUGCGCAUUUCGGCAAAGAAAAUCCUCGAGCACAAGUACUUCGAUGGGUUCGAGCGAUGCAACAUACCAACCGAAUAAUCUCGAUCACCCUGUACCGUACAGUCUCUCUAUCACUCUUUAAGGUUUGGUAUGAUGGAGUUGAAUAUCCGUUAGUUUUUGUCGGCUUAGCAAUAUGAUGCUGGGUGGAAUCACUACUGUACAUUAUUUUAUCCGCCCCAGAGAAUGUAUUAUCUAUUUGAACUCUUCCCCCUCCGACUUGCCUCCCAAAAAGAAAUUCUGCCCGUCGUUGUCUUUUUUUUGUCCGUACAGAUACAUAGAUGUAAAUAUUCGUCUCGUGAAGGAUAGGGCUCCGCCAUGGUAUCUCAGCGUCGGCUAUUUCUUUCGUGUACGUGCGUCUCUUUCCGUGGUCUGACAUUCGACUCACUGCACCGAGAGUGCGUGUUGUGGCACACCCAAGUCUAGGAUUUAAUUGCGGUCAGCGUUUAAUGAACAAAUAAUCUAAAAUUUAUUUAAUAAAACAAUGUUCUUAGUUUCAUCGU